CGUGUACGCCAGGAUUGCUCUGUGGUCCCCUGAACCCGAGAUUUGUGCAGAAACGUACCGCGAGUUGAAAUAGUUUUGCGUGUGGAGCGCUGCCGCCUGCUCUAGCCGCCCUUCCCAUGGAUAUUUUAGCCGCGUAUUCAAGCAGUGACGACGAGCAGGAGCAGGUUCAGGCCCCCACUAAUAAAGCGGGGACCGCCGCUGGGGCUCAGCGGCGAGGCGGGCCUCCCGCCCGGCACGCCGCGGACUCGGACUCGGACACCGGAAGCAGCGAUGAGAGUGUGGACAGCGCCGCGCUACGCGCCGCGGAGGCCGCGGCUCGGCUGCGUGACUACGGGGAGGGCGGGGCCACUGCCACGUCGGGGCGGACCGGUGCUGCCCAGAAGCGCUCUCUACUCCCAAGCGCACUGGACGUGCUAGACGCCGUGGAGGGGCCACCCACGUUUCUGGAUCCGGAAGCCAUCCGGCCGCUGGCUGCCUCGGCAGCACACGGCCUUGGGGCGGACUCGGGGCCAGCGGUGCCGGUAGCAGCUGGCAAGGAGCGACAGGCGCCGGGGGCAGACUUCGACAUCAGCAAGCUUGCGCCGCCCAUGAAGGGGCAGGCCAAGCAAAGCGCGGACAAGCGGGAAGCACCCGCAGGGGCGGUGAUCGAGGGGCGGGCGAAGCGGUACAAGCAGGAGGAUGGGCCGGAGGCGACGCAGUCGUAUACAGCAUUGCAGAUCGCCAUGUUGGGCGGCAACGUGGCGGAGCGCAAGUCGGAGCCGACCAAGCCCAUGGAGGUGUCGGAGUUCCUGAACAAGGGUGUGGGCGCGGUGCAGCUGCCGCGCAAGAACGCGGACCGCAAGGACAAGGAGAAGGACAAGCGCAUGCGCGGCCAGUCCACACACAGCCACUGGAAGAGCGAGGCGGAGAUGGUCCUGCGGCAGCAGUUCGACUCAUAGACAUGCAGCGCCAGGGCGUCUAUGUGCAUGAUGCGUGGUGGUGGGUGGCAAGCGCAGCGGGCGGGUGGAUGGCUGGAUGCGGGUGCGAACGGGGUGCGAAGGUCGGUUGCAUGCACCGUCAGCGAUCAAGGCUGGGAACCUGGCGUGGCCUGCUGAAUGAUUCGUCGCUUUUGCUGGUGGGCCGGACUGAAUCGCGGGUAGCAUUGCGUGGCUUACGACGCCACCAUACAAAGCUUGUGUAAGCGAAGUUGCCCGGGCCAGCAUGAUCAGCAGCUGCCAGGCCGUUUCUGGGGGAAUGGCAUACC